UAUCACUCUCACCAUGAAGACUUUCUUGCUGCUACUGGCGCUCUCUUGUGUCGCUUCAUGUUGGUCUUAUCCUCUUCUAGAAUCUCGCUUUCGGAGACAAGCACCACAGGAAGGUGACCGCCCUCCACCACCAACCGGAUGUCCUCCCCCUCCCGAAGGUAAAUCUCGUCCACGCAGACAAGCACCACAGGAAGGUGAUCGCCCUCCACCACCAACCGGAUGUCCUCCCCCUCCAGAAGGUGAAUCCCGUCCACGCAGACAAGCACCACAGGAAGGUGAUCGCCCUCCACCACCAACCGGAUGUCCUCCCCCUCCAGAAGGUGAAUCCCGUCCACGCAGACAAGCACCACAGGAAGGUGAUCGCCCCCCACCACCAACCGGAUGUCCUCCCCCUCCAGAAGGUGAAUCCCGUCCACGCAGACAAGCACCACAGCAAGAUGAUCGCCCUCCACCACCAACCGGAUGUCCUCCCCCUCCAGAAGGUGAAUCCCGUCCACGCAGACAAGCACCACAGGAAGGUGAUCGCCCUCCACCACCAACCGGAUGUCCUCCCCCUCCAGAAGGUGAAUCUCGACCACGCAGACAAGCACCACAGGAAGGUGAUCGCCCUCCACUACCAACCGGAUGCCCUCCCCCUCCAGAAGAUGAAUCCCGUCCACGCAGACAAGCACCACAGGAAGGUGAUCGCCCUCCACCACCAACCGGAUGUCCUCCCCCUCCAGAAGGUGAAUCCCGUCCACGCAGACAAGCACCACAGGAAGGUGAUCGCCCUCCACCACCAACCGGAUGUCCUCCCCCUCCAGAAGGUGAAUCCCGUCCACGCAGACAAGCACUACAGGAAGGUGACCGCCCUCCACCACCAACCGGAUGCCCACCACCUCCCGAAGGCAAAGGACCAGGUGCCAGUGGUCUUUGAAAGAGGGAGACCACCCCCUCCACCACGCGGGAACUUAAUUGUUCUUGAGAUGACCCGUUGGUGACUCAGUUCGAAAUAAAAAUGAAAUAAAUCAA